UAAUAAAAUGGCGACCGAAAGCCAAAGCGUCUGUUUAUCUAACCCAAAUUUUGCAGUUAUAUGUUCUUUUCUUGAUAAAUACGGCGAAAUACUUGGUCUGCCAGCUGUUGGUUAUAGUGACAUAGAAAACUGGAUUGAAGACAGUAAAGAUGUGCAUCCAACUUUGAUUGACAUCCAUGUUAAGCUGUUGAGAAGAAUCCACAAGAAAUAUUCCAGUGUCUCUACAGAAAGAUGGGAGAAAACUGUUAUCAAGUUUUGCUACAAGUAUUGCAGCGUGGAUGCAUGGGAGAUGGAACAGAAAGGCUACAUGUCCGCAAAAGUCUCCACAAAACUGAUGCUUCUGAAGAACCUCCUUGAAGCCCAGUUUGACACCAACAAGAAAUUCAAUGACAAGAUCAACGAGAUGACCGCAGAAGAAAUGAGGUUUCUACCGAUAGGACGAGACAAGCAUGGUCUGGCGUACUGGUUCUUUCUGGACAAGGAGUUGAAUGUGCGAGUGUUCCGUGAGGACCAAGACGACGUGGACUCUGAGUCAUGGGAGCUCGUGUGCAACACGAGAGACGGGUUGGCCAGGCUGGUCUCGUGUCUUCAGACAGGCACGGAUAUCAAACCUGAAGUGUCUGAUUUCUCAGAUAGUUCCCUAAAAUCGGAGCCGGCAAGUGACAGCAAUGAUGAUUCCAUGGACUCAUUCAAACAGAGAACUCCUAUAGGCCCUUCUCCCUUAACUAUUAAACUGGAACUGUCUGAUUCAGAAACUCAAAUUGCAAGCGGUGAAAGUAAACCACCAAUUUUGUUAAAAAUCAGCAAGCCUGAAUCGGAGUCUCCAAGUAAAUUGCUGCAAAAUAAGUUUAAGAAAAAGAAAGCAUCAGAGUUGAAGAAAAUCAUAUGUAAAUUAAAAGAUGAUGAAAAGAAUAUGGAAAAGGAUGCAAAGAAUGAAAUGGCAAAUGAAUCUCAAGCUGAUGAAUUGGUCGAAAAAAAGGAGAAUGUUGAAAGUGAUGAUGAAAAUAGCAGUGAAAAGACUGACAAUUUAAAAGCUGAGAAUAGAAAGAAACAUGUCAAACCAGUUUUAAAAUCUGAAACUGCGGACAAUUCAGAAAAUACUGAUGAAACAAAGACUGAUGAAGCAAAGACUGAUGAAGUAGAUGGUGGAAAUGGUUUGGAAAAAGACGCUGAAGGAGAUGAUUAUGAAAUAGUGCCUGUAAAGCAAAAUGUUUCGGCAGUUGAUGAACCAUCAAAAAGUGAUAAAGGUGAAAGUGUUGAUGUUAGUAAGAAGUGUGUUGCAAAAGAAAAGAUAUCAAAAGUAAGUGAAAGUGAAGAUAAAAGCACAGUAAAUGAUGUUGCUGAACCUAAAACAUCUCAAAUCAAACCUGAAAAUCCAAAAGAAGAAACUGUACAUGAAAAAACUGUUGACAUAAAGGAAAAUAAUUUUAUUGAAGGUAAUACGGUCAUAGAAAAUAAAGUAUCAGACGUAACAGUAGCGUCUAAAAAACAAUCUACUAAUGUUAAAGAAAUUAAAAUAUUGGACCCAGUAACUCAACAAAACAUUAUUGAUACCAUAAAUGAAAAUAAACAAUCAGAGUUUAUUUCUGAAACAAAGUUAAAUGUCACAGUUAGUGUCCCAGUGAUAGAUGAAAAAGUGAAUGACAGAUUAGCAGAAGAUGAAAAGAGCGGUGCAGUAUCUGUUGCUGAUAAGAUAUUAGAUAAUAAAAGUAGUGAUACUGAUAAAGAAAAAAGUGAAAACGUAUCUGAAAAUAAAGGAUUUGUUAGUGAACCUGAAAGUAAAGCAUCAUCCAAGGCGGUUGAUGAUAAAAGUAAAAAAGAUUCUCUAGUUGAAAUUGAUAAAGAAAGUGAAAGUGAUUGUUCGCCAUCAAUGUCUUGUGAUAUUCAAAAAGGCCACAAUAGUGAUAAACAAAUAGAUAAUUGUGAACAAAAUGAAAAGAAAAUGAAUAAACCCCACUUAAGUGGGGAAGGUUGUGAUCCAAUUAGUGAAAAUACAAAAUUUGAUGAUGAUCAAACUGUCAAUAAUGAUGAAAGUAUUAACGAAUCUCAUAACUGUGAGAAAAUUAGAAAUGAUUAUGACAAAGAUGGUUCUUGUGAUAUAAAGAAAUCAAGAAAAAGAAAACAAGCUAAAAACAUUACGGACUCAGAAAGUACCUCAGAAGAAGAUGAUAAGGUUGUAAAUGAAAACAUGAGUGAAACAAAAAGGGAGAUCAAAACGGCUUUAAGGAAAACAGCAAAAGUAGAGAACAUUGGAAAUGAUCAUCUUAUCAAGGCUGACAGUGCAAUUCAACAUGAUGAUAGUCACAAAGAUGAGGUAGAAGAAAUUGAAAGAAAGAAGAAAAUAAAUGAAGAGGAUGUGAACACAUUGGACUCAACUUGUAAUGUUCUUGAUACUUACAAGGAAAAUAAAUCUUCAAUUAAUGAAGUAAAUGAAGUUGAAUUAGAUAAAGGUACCAAGACGAAAGAAAAUGAUAGUGGCAUAAAAGAUGAAGCAACACUAGACAUUGAAUUAAAUAAAAGUACUAAGAACGUAGAAAAUGAUAGUGGCAAACAAGAUAAAGCAACAGUAGAAACAAGCAUUGUACACAAUGACAACAACUUGGAUGUGGAUGAUGCAACAUCAGAAACAAAGACUGAAGUUAAGGAUGAAAGGGAUGCCGAACCAGAGGAAAAACCAGUAAAGAAACUGACAGGUCUUCUUGCUCAUUCAAGACAAACCAUGAAACGACAGGCUGAAAACAAUGCAGACAUUGAAAUCGUCGAGCCCGCAUCAAAGCGGUCAAAGUUACGAGGGCGGGUCAGUUCCAAGGGGCGUGGGAAGCGACCUGUUGCCACAACAACUGAUUCUUCAUCAGAUUCUGAUGAUGUUCCUCUGAGUAGCAUGGCUGGCCGAGGUGUGGGGAGAAGUCCAAAGGGCAAAGUCGUACCAAUUGGGAGAAACUCAAAGACACCUCAGAAGAGUGAAGAAAGCCCAUCCAAAUCUGAACAGAAUGAGGAUUCUGAGGACAUGGGAUUGCGGCGAAGUGCAAGAGUUCGUACCCUGCGUGCACGCAAGAGGUCACCAUCACCUGUGUAUCUACCAAGCGAGUCUGAAGAGCACACAGACGAUUUCGAUGAUGAUGAAUUCACUCUGAAAUCCAACACUAGGAAGAGACGCGAACCUAAAGAAGUUGAUGAAGAAGUGCCCAAAGGAAGAAAUGCCCUCAGAUUUGAAGCAAAAACAUCAAAUAAGAUCGGGAAGAAGAAGUGUGAAGAUGUGGAGGAGGAGGCAUUUCCGUGUGUGAAGUGUAACCUAUCUCAUCAGCCUGAGUGGAUCCUGCUAUGUGACAAGUGUGAUGCAGGCUACCACACGGCCUGUCUCCGACCUCCGUUGAUGGUGAUACCAGAGGGAGAUUGGUUCUGUCCACCAUGUGAACAUGCUAUGCUCACUGAAAAGUUGGAGGAGAAAUUAAAAUCUCUAGACCAGGCCAUUGUGAAAAAUGACAGAAUGAUCAAAAGAAAGGAGAGGCUUGCCUUUGUGUCUGUCAGUCUGGAUAACGUACUGAAGGAGCCCAAACAGCAGAGAGUGGGCAGGGGUCCUGCUGGGAGGUCAGGGCGAGCCAGAGGACCUAUACAGUACAGUGACGACGAGUCAGAAACUGGAACCAGCUCCACGGAAAGUUCCGGAAGCGCGUCUGAGUCAACCUCCGAGUCAGAGAGAUCUGAAGAUGACAGAAGACACAAGCAUCAUUCCAGCAAACCACACAAGACCAAGCAAAGGUUUGUCCAGCGUGCCUGUCGCACCAAGAAAGAGGUCAGCUACAGAUUCGAGGAGUUUGACGAGCUCAUCAUGGAUGCCAUUGAGGAGGACCUCAGUGUGCCUAAAGAACCCAGACCCAAGAAAGUCAAACCUCCAGGUAUCAGCCGUGGCAAGGACAUGUCCAACAUUCUCGGGGUCUCUGAUGAGGAAGAGAAGGCCAAGAAGCCGCCACGCAAACGUAAGCCCCGUCUCACUGAGCUGGAUGAGGAAGUGGACGAUGAUGACACGGACGAUUAUCAGGUGUCUGAGGCUUCAGACUCUGAAGCAACUAAAUCUUCGGAGAACUAUGAAAGUGAGGACGUUAGUGACCAAAGUGAGAUUUCAUGUCAACGAAGGUCAACCGGCACCAGAAGGUCGACCAGGAGGAAUGGUCGCUCACGGGGAAUAUAUUCUAGAUACAGAGGCGAUUUCGUUGUUGACAGCGAGUAUGAAAGUGAAGAGGAGGAAGUAGACACCCGUAGGUCAGGUCGGCGCGCCAGGCGUAAACCUGUCAGCUACAGAGACUACGACAGCGAUGAAACAGAAAUUGAGAAUAAUGAUGACGAGUCUUUCCAUUCCUCGGACCUUUCUGAUUCUGAUUUUGAACGGAAACGGAACAAAAAAUUGGCAAAGAGCCAAAAACCCGCUUCUGCAAAAGAAAAAGUUCGCUCCGGAAAGAGGCAACGGAUAAGAAACGUGUCGUCAUCUGAAGAAAGUUCGGACGAUUCAACAGAGGAGGAGGAUGCAACUCCUAAGAAAGGAAAGAAACCUCCCAAUAAAACUGCAAGGUAUGCUGAAUCCAGUGAUUCUGAGCCAGUGAAAACUAAGAAGAAAAAUGUAAUAGAUAGCGGAGAAGAUUCUAUGAGUGACAAAGAAACUACAGAAUCUUCUGCUACAGAGGUUAGUGAGGAUGAAGUAUCAACAGCAAAACCCAAGAAAAAUGCAGGGAAACCAAAGAAAAAGGUAAUCGAAUCCGAUUCGGGUGAGAAUACGGAAAUCGAGGAGGAAACUGUUAAAGAGCCUAAGGUUGAAGCGGCAGAAACUGCUGGGAAAGAUGAUUCCAAACCAAAUGUAAAUGAAUCGCAUACUGAAGAAAGUGAACAUGAUGAGUCCGGGGCCUGGGAAGAGAUAGAAGUCCAUGAUGAUGAUGUGAAGAAAGUAGUGGAGGUGGUAGAGGAAACUCUGAAGGAAGUUGUUAAGGAAGGUGUGAAACCUGAGGAGACAAUUGCUGAGGUAGGAGAUGAAAAAGUUAAGGAACAAAAGGGUACAAAAGCAAAACCAUUGAAGCGUGGAAAAGCACCAAAAAAAUCAAGUACUGAAAGUAAAGAUGUAGAAGAAGAAGUUAUUGAACAGGCCCAACCAAAGAAAGCAAAACCAUUGAAACGUGGGAAGUCACCAAGAAAAUCAUUAACUGAAAGUAAAGAUGAAGAAAAAAUUGUUGAAAAGAUCCAACCAAAUAAAGUUAUUGAACAUGCUCAAUUAGUGGUUGUUCUUGAAAAAAUUCCUGAAAACUCAAUUGUUUCUCCAACUGUCACAACACAUGAAAAUAUGAAAUCGGAAGAAGAGACCACUCCAAAGAAAAAACGUGGCAGAAAAACAAAGGCAGAGAAACAAAAAACAGAGUCUGAAACCACAACUCCAGAGGUGACACCAAAAAAGAGAGGUCGAAAAGUGAAAGGGAAAGCUGACCUGGGAGAUACCGGCCAAGAAACACUAGGUGAAGAACCUACAAAAAAGAAGAGAGGUGAAGAAGGGAAAGCAGAUGUUGGUGUUAAGAGUAAGAAGGUAGCAAAAGGCAAUAAUGUGGAUGAAAAGGGUAAUACUGAGGAAAGCGGAACAGCGGAAAGUAUGGGAAAAGAUGGAAGUGAAUCAAAUCAAAGUGUUGACAAGGUCAAAGAUGACAGCCCUUUAUCUGUGAGGAAUAAACAAAAUGCUCCAGUUGGUGUGGUAAAACCCGAAAUUCGCCAAGGAGUAAUAGUGGAAAACAAGCAUCUGUCUGAUGGCACCAGCAGUGAGCAAAGACCUCAUGAUCAAAUGAACCCAUUACAAGGAUUGCGAGAAAUGGCAAUGGGAAACCAAGUCAUUUCUGGUCCACAGCCAAGUGGCUUCCAGCCGUAUUCUCAUGCUAAUUACGGAAGCAACGUUCCCAGCAGCAUGAAUUCCCAGCCACAAGGAUUUCAGCCUUACAGUAACCAAGGUGCACCACCACCAGGUCAGUACAGUGCCAUGCAUGCAGGGCCUUACCAGGGUCAACCUGGCAUGCCCACUUGCAGCCCACAAGCUGGUUACCCACCCAACCAUGGUCCCAUGUCCCCAAACAGCUACCAGCACUCCGGCCAGUACAUGGGACACGUACCUCACUCACAGCACGGACCUUCCUCUGGCUACUACCCUCCUGGCUAUAGGUCUGAUAUGGCAUCAGGGGAUGGCUUCAGUGGGCCCCAGGGUACUCAGUUGCCAUACCAACAUGGUCCGUAUCCCCAUGGCUACCAUGGAAACCAAGGACCCUACCAUCACAGCCAGAGGGGCCCCAUGUUUGGCCCGGGGUCAGGGCCUGGGCCCAAUCAGUAUCCAACCCAUCCCGGCUCUGGUGGUGCUAUGAAUCACCCGCCCCACCCAUCCCAUCCACAUCCAGGCAGCAUGGGCCAACAGUUCCACCAUCUAGGUAUGCAAGGAUACAAUUAUCCCCCACACAUGCACCCACAUGGCGGUCCUUACCACUCUUCCCAGCCACCCUACUCAGGGGCACCCAAUUCUCAGCCCUUUUCGCCCCAGGGAAUGUCUAGCCCCACUCAACCCCUCCGGCCAACAACUCGUCUUGCCACCCCAGCUCUACUGCAUGGCUCGGGCACAAGUCCCAGGCCAGAAGGGCCAAUGGAAACCCCUAAUAGGGGUUUCAUGAUGGACAAUAUUCUCAAGUCCAGCCAGGAUUCCAAUGAAGUGGAAGAUAGUGCAGAGGUUUCGGAUAUUGACAGGUACACUUCAUUCCUGUGCAAAGACAAGUGAGGCUGUGUAAAUGGAGACAAUUUAAAAUAUUGCAUUUCUGGCUUUGGUCAAAAGAUGUGUACAUUACUUGAUAAACUUCAUACUCUGAAAUCUCGUCUGGGUCAGAUUGUUGCUAAGCUACUGGGCUCGUUAUCGGAUUGGUAGUCCUAAGACCAAUCCAAGUUUAAAAAAGUUGAACAUUAUGACUUGCAGAUCCAAUGUUCCAUCUAUACAUAAUAAUGUAUGCUUUCAUUUUUUUUUAAGUGCCAUUUGGAUCAGCAAUUUUGCUGUUUUUGUUAACAAAUAGUGUUAAAAUAAUUAUACAUGUACAUGAAACAGCAACAGUUUUAAGAAAAGCUCACACUAUUUAUUUAACUUUUUAAAGGGACUUAUUCUUAAUUUUUGCAAAAUGACAGUCUAAAAAAAAUGUUAUAGAUUCAAAGAUAAAUAAAUGUAUUAUAUUAAGCAUAAUAUCAGAAAAUACAAAAAAAACAAUGAAAAAUGUAUGUACAUUUGUACCCUUCUUGAUGAUAAUCAAAAUAGGGACAAUAAUAAAGCAUUUGUUUCGCUACUUAUGGAUUAUUUAUAAAAAGACUGGUAUUAUCCACAUAGGGUAUAGUCUAUGGUACCAUCCACAUUCAGAAGCCAGCGUGGUGUAGUCGUUGUGAACAUUCUUUUGUUUCUUGAGGUCCCCAGGUUUGAACCAGGGAGCAUUUAUUUUAUGUAUUGUCUUGGGAAUUUAAUUAUGGUACACUAUUCCAAAUAAUUAUGACAAUUUUCUACAUAGAUCCAUUUAAUGACGUGUUAAAAAAAAUGAAAAUCAGUGAUCAACCAGCCCGUUAUUUUGUGUUACAAGGGAAGAUUACAGCAUGAUGAAAUGAGUUACAUUACAAACAUUAUAGAAUGGGAAUGUUUGUUCAGCUUUACUAAAGAAAUGUGGUUAGUUCAAAUUGUUGCAUUUCGUAGUUUAGCUUCACCACUUUUAUCAAGUCACUGAUGUUUUAUGAUGUCAAGUAUUUUUUCAUUGGCUUUACUUAGAAAAUGAGAAAUAUAAUAAGAAUUGUGCAUUACACAUUUAUGCUGGGCAUAGUUAUACUUGUAUUUGAAUUAUUGUUCAAUGUUGUCAAUACCCAUAUUUAUGAAUGAUACUUUGGUAUAAGGAGCUUGUCUUUACUAAGUGAAGAAUUUUAAUUUUGCUCUGUACAAAUGUGUAUCUUAAUAUUAUAAGAUUGACGUGAAUUAUAAUGUUAAGGCAUUAUCUUGAACUAUUCAUUUCUUAAACCACAAGUUUUUUUCCCCAUAAUUUCUGUUCUUUGUAUUUUUGUAAUAUGCUGAUGCCAGUUUACAUUAUUAAAAAACCUAGCAAUGAUUAUACACACAUUUUUAGUUAUUUACAUAUUUUUAUUAAAAGUUACAUUUCUUCACAUAUAUUUUGUUUACAUAGUUAUUGUAUGAGUAGUUGUAUACCAUAUUCAUUCCUUUCUUCAAUAAAUAUGAGUAUUGUGUUUAAAAAUGAAA